CUCUGUCUGAGUGUGGUGCGUGCUGAGCAAAAGCUUGGGAGGCUGUCAGAGAGAGAAACGGGGGAAAGAGAGAGAGAGAAGGGGACUUACUGAGUGACUCAAGUCAGUGAGGAUAAGAAAGAGAAAGAAGAAGGAGGGAAACAGUGAGACACUCACAUUGUGCCACUCUCAACGCUCCAGAGAUCCUUUGAAUGAGCCUGGUGGUUUGUGUUGAGGACCUUGUGAGAAGUGGAAAGCUAACAACAACUUUGUUGCUUCGGAGCUGAAAAGGACAAAAACACAGGACUGAGUUUUGACAAAGAGAAAGGAUUUUGCCAUGAGGACAUCUCUCUAACUGACCUAAAUGUGGAUUUGCCAUCAUUUUUUUUGGGGGGGGACUCUUUGGCGGCUCGUGGUAACUGAGGACAUCUUGAGUGAGUAGGAGACGCAUUCGUGUGACCGAUUCAUCUGAUUAAGCUCAGUCUGCAGCUUGUGGGCUGCAGCCUGCUCAAGAGACAGGACAGGGGGAGGGGAGGACGCUCCUGCCGUAAUCUCUGUCCUCUGGGAGGGGUCUUUUCAAUGUGAGGUAACCCCCCAAUAUAGCUACAUCAAGACAGGGACUCAUGUUGGCCAUGUGCAGCAGUCCUCUCUAACAUGGGCAUUUGUGUUGGAAGGAAAACUUUGUACCAAUGGCCUGAAUUAUUAAACGGCAGAGUGUCUUUAAAUGUAUCCUGGUUUGGGACUGUUUUGUGCUUUACUCUCCAUUCAUGGUGAAUUCAUUGUGCAGGGCAGCCCUUUCAUUAUAUAGUAAUUAUAUAACAGACACCCAUCGUCCCUCCACUCUUUGUCUCUCAGAAUGUUCAACAGUACCCUCCUUAGCGACAACUUUACCCAUGGCGGGGCUGCAAAUAGCUCGGCAAACAACUCUACCUGCGACAAGAACGAUGGGUUCAAAUACCAGUUGUACAGCACCGUCUUCAGCAUUGUGUUUGUGGUGGGACUGAUCACCAAUGUUGUGGCCAUUUACAUAUUCACCUGCUCCCUGAAGCUGCGGAACGAGACCACGACCUACAUGAUGAACUUGGUGGUGUCUGACCUCCUGUUUGUCUUCACGCUGCCUUUGAGGGUCUUCUACUUCGUUAGCCAGAACUGGCCUUUCGGAGGCAUGCUCUGCAAGGUCUCCGUCUCGCUCUUCUACACCAACAUGUAUGGCAGCAUACUCUUUCUCACCUGCAUCAGCGUGGAUCGCUUCCUAGCCAUUGUGUACCCUUUUCGCUCAAGGGCGCUCCGGACCAAGCGCAACGCCAAGAUAGUGUGCGUUGCCGUGUGGGUGUUGGUGCUGUCCGGGAGUCUCCCCACAGGGUUCAUGUUGGAGACCACCUCCCGCGACAAUAACAAGACUGAUGCCAUUUUCUGCUUCGAGAACUUCUCCUCUAAUCAGUGGAAAUCUCACCUGUCCAAGGUGGUGAUAUUCAUAGAGACAGUUGGCUUCGUCAUCCCGCUUCUGCUCAACGUGUUCUGCUCCAUCAUGGUGCUGCAGACUCUGAGCCGCCCCAAGACCAUCAGUCAUGGGGGGAAGCUGAACAAAGCAAAGAUCCUGCGCAUGAUAAUUGUGCACCUCUUCAUUUUUUGCUUCUGCUUCAUCCCCUACAACGUGAACUUGGUUUUCUAUGCUUUGGUCCGCACUAAAACUUUAAAAGGCUGCUUUGUGGAGUCGGUGGUCCGGACGAUCUACCCGAUAGCCCUCUGCAUUGCUGUGUCCAACUGCUGCUUUGAUCCCAUUGUUUACUAUUUCACCUCAGAGACCAUCCAGAACUCCAUCAAGAGGAAGUCUCAGGUGAACCGUUUGUAUGACGUCAAGUUCUCUGAGGCGCUGCAGUCAGAAACCAGCUCCAACCUGCAGUGUAGCCUGAGGAAUCUCAAAGCUAAAGUCUUCCACAAUGAGUCAUCAGUGUGAUGGUGGGCUUUCUACACACAACAUGAAAGGUAUUAAAUCUAUCCUUCCUUGGAAAACUGAACUUCCUUGAGACAAUGGGAAGUGCUUUAUGGAGCAGGUAUUAUCUUCAUCUCAGGGCAAAUGUUUGGACCUGUCAUUGGCAGCAUCAGCUCUGCAGUAUUACUGCUACAUGCAUGGAUACAUACGUGGAUUGCUUAUUUCCUGUGGAGUAUUUUGUAAUUGUGUUAAGCACAAUUACUCUGCAAGUGACCUUGAGGGGAAUGUGAUCCCCGAACAGCAGGACAGUGAUGAUAUUGAAUGCUACUUGUGCCUGUAUAUUUGUACAUUUCUGUGGUAAGUUGUGGUGCUAACUUUAGAUUAGCAUCUAUUAAAUUAACAUAAAGUUAUAUCAAGAUAUAGAUUGUACAGGGCUUCUUUUUUUUUUAUUGUGAAUUAUAAAUAGGUCACAGAAGUGCCUUUUUUGUUCUGGCACCAUUUCAUUAUUGCCUAUGUCUUUAAAUGACCAUUAAAUGCACUGACACAGAAUUCCACAUACUGCACUCAUGCCACAGUAAUGAAUA